UUUUCAAAUGAUUUUCGGAAAUGUGUGAUUCUUCGACAACGGCAGUGAUUGCGCCAUUGAAACAAACGGAUUUACACAGCUGCUGGUUUAUUUAUACAAAAAGUGAUGGUAAAGAACGUAUAAUGGUUACCGAAGCGAAACCGAUUAUAAAAUCUGUCGAUCAAAUCACCAAUGCCAAUAAUUUACCCAUUGAUUCGAAUGACACCGAUCUAGAUGAAGAUGAUGAAAAUGGUCAACCACUAGAGGUGCUCUUAGAUCCUGAACUACAACCGGAACAACCAAUACCAGAUAAUGCCGAAUCACAGGAAAUAUUUAAAGAACAUCGGCGACUGGCAAUGGAAUAUCUGAAAGUCAAUACGAAAUUAUACUAUGCUCAGGAUAUCAAAGAGCGGAUUCUAAUGCAAAUGGAUCCAGGCGAGAGGCAAGAGAAACAGGAACUGCUAAAGAAAAUCAAAGAGAAGCAAGAACUAUUUGAAUUAUACAACAAUCUCAAACAGCAUUGGGACACUAUGCGUUCCUCCUCCCAACCACCCGAAGAUAAUGUACCCGGUGGUUCCGAUACAAAUGCCAAUGGCGAUUUAGUAACUGAUGAUAGUUGGGUGGUGAUACAACGUAAUCAAAAUUCAUAG